AUGAACGAGGAAAAUUCUGAAUUGGAAGUCGAAACACCGACCAAACCGUGUACUUAUCCAGCUCUGACGACACCGUCGGGGGGCAGUGUGUACCAUCCCUUCCACGAGGGGUACAUCUCCCGGCUAGGCCAGGUCACCGUCACCCCGGGGCUGUUUGCCUCACACACCGGCGGGGCCAAAACUCCCUCAAAAAGGGAGGCAAUUCCACCCAAUCCCUUUGUCUGGUCUCCGGAGGUGCAGGGCGACUUGUUCCCAACUGAGAUCGACGAAAAUCCCACUGCCCAACUCAAAUUGCAGCGAAUGCUGGAUGCAGACGUGAGUGGAAGCCAGGUUGUUUCGAACUGUCCUGCCUUUAAUUUUGCCAAAAUUAACGAAAAGCGCAACGGAGUCGGUGUGCAGGAUUUCCGCUCACUGCUGCGUUUACUUGCUGACAUAGAGACUGUGAUAGGAGUUCCCACAUGUACUCGUCGUUCUCAGUCGCCUUUCUUGCCGUUUCAGGAAGACGAUGCCGCACAAAGCAAGAUAAGGACCUUUUUUCACUGCAACGUCAUCGCUCCCAGUCCCGAAGGGUCCGUGCAGCAGUCGAAAGCGACUCUCGCUAGUAAGGCUGCGGGCAAGGCAGAGCAUGAAGCAAUCAUGAUGGCGGACGGACUUGUCUUUGCAUUCCGUUGCGUAGUGGAAGUUCAGACCGCAGUUUCCAUAGCGCCGGACACCGAUUUGGUGUCCCUUCUUCAGAAAGUACUGCAACUAAACGAGCCGGGGAGUUCACCGAGCGUCGGUUGCGCCGCCCACGAGUCCCCCGGAAUCGCCUUUUUCGAGGCCGGCGCGCAGCAAGUUAAGCAGCCCUACCCGCAUAGCUCGCUCUUCUUGUGCGUCUCCUGUCACCAGGCUCACUCACUCAAUCGAUACAGUCGUCGAAGUAUGUUUAUUGAGGCUGCUUCUAUGGAGACCAUCAAAGAUGUUCCGCAUUUUGCAUCCUGGGAGCUGUCGUAUGGUGCUUCAACGCACCAGCAGCAACUGGAACCCCCAGGGGUCGCUGUCGAGCAGACAACCCUGCCAUCUCCCUCUCCACCACUCCAUUUGAAGACAGCCAAGACGCCGGUCACACGCAGUCAGUCUCGACGCAUCGAGACCAACCACUUUGUCAAGACAGACGAUAAUGUGGCAGAAGGGUCGACCUGGGGUUUUGGUGAUUGCACUACUGUCCAGAAGCUGCCCCACUCUGGUCGGCAUUUUGCACUGAAAAACUUUCGUGUUCGUAGAAACUCCUCCGAGGAUAACUCAAGCUCGCAAGACGUCCUGUAUCAGUCGGCAAGAGAGACUCUGUCCACACAACGUGAAGAGGUCGAAGACGCUGAGACAUUUGCAGAGGACUUUGGUCUGCCCGUCAGUUGGGCCACCGAGGCAGUUGUGUGCAGUUACAGUCAACAGGAUGCCUCCAUGCAAGAGGUAGACCAACCUACAAGUCGACCGCAUCAUUGCAGCGGGACAGAUCUUACUGAGCUUUUCGACCGAGCCGAUAUAACGCCUAUCAAGAAUUUGUCGCAUUGCCUGGGAACCUCACAUCACCUCGAUCCCGUAAGUAGAGUGAGUCCAGUGGCGGCAGGGAGGACCAGCCCCGAGGCCGGCGCCUUCCAGCAGCACCUCCAGCUCUCCUUCACGGUUGACGAUGAGAGCACUCGCGAUGCUUGUGGCAUUCCUCAGAGGAGGAGGCAGGGAUCGCGUCAACAGGCUAUGCUCAGCCCCAGACUCUCGCCCAUCCCACGCGCCAGUGGGCAUUCCCCAAUGGACGAUGAGUUUGGUUAUUCAAAUGAUUACGAUUUUUCUGAUUGA